GCAAGCAGCUCCGCCUCUGUACUUGCUUUGUGCGUGUGAGCUCGCUCAGUCCGACCCUCCUCUUCUUCUUCAGCGGUGGCCUGCGUCUUUGGUCUCUUGAUCAGGCCAAGAAACAGAGCAAUUCAUGCUUCUCUAUGGGAUUUAGAUCAAAAGGGGGUUGCUCUGCUCAUGCUUGUCAUAACAGCAAACAGUUUCUCACUUUGGUUUUGGAGGAUUUAUCGGGUCAGAGAGGGUUUUGGGUUUUACUUGAUACACAAGUUCUCAAAGAUCGCCGGCAGAUUUUGUUUCCCUUUCGCCUUCUCUCUUUCCUAAAUUUUUGAAUUCGAGAUGAUAUCUUUCCUUCCUUAAUAGUCCACCCCCACACGCUAGAGGAGAAAACGAACGCCGGUUUUUUUUUUUUUUUUUUCAAUUCUGACAUGAGCACCGUGAGCGUAGAGCAGAGAAAACCAGGCAGAGAAGACAGGGGGCUGCUGAAACCAAUGAGGAAAAUCCGCGUGAUGUACCGCGACCCCGACGCGACCGACUCCUCGAGCGAUGAGGAGGACACGAAAUUUUGUGAUCGGAUUGCGCCGCGGAAGAAGAGCGUGCGGGUUGUUAAGGAGAUUGUGAUUCCAUUCACGAGACACGGAUUGUGCAAAGAGAUCUCUCCGUGCCUCGCUAACAAUAGUCAGAAGUGGGCUACUGGCGCAAGUGACGUUCUGAGCCGAGCAAGCACGAGAUCUCGUGGGUCGUCUGCUUAUAAAGGGGUCCGGAGGAGGCCGUGGGGGAGAUUCGCGGCGGAGAUACGCGAUCCUACUCGGGGGGUCCGAGUGUGGCUCGGCACUUACAGCACUGCAGAGGAGGCUGCUCUUGCCUACCAGCAGAAGAAGCUCGAGAUCGAUCAGAAGAUUGAAUCUCGGAGUAAGAAGAAGAAGGAUAACUCGAUCUGCGAUUCGAAGGGCGAGCCAGAAGACAACAGAAGCGAAUUGUUUUGUCAUCGAUCUCCAUCAUCAGUGCUUGAUGUCCACAAGUCUUCUUCAUUUAGCAGGGGACAAGAUGAGCUGGUUUUCACAGAACAAGACCGGUUCAUCCAAGCGUUUGGGGAUCGAGCGUGGUCGUCAUCAACCUGUCAAGAACUUGGUUUCGGACGCGAGGACAGCUUCAUGCUCGAUAACGAGUUUGGCAGUUUUUUCAACAGCAUCGAUCUCUUUGACGAUUGCAAAGUAUACGAUCUACCCGACAUGGACCUCGAUUUAGGUAACGAUGAGCUUGGUUGGAUUGAUGAAGCAACAGAUAUGGCAUGCACAUAGCUGAGCCAAAUUAGUUUAAUUUAUGGAGCAUUUUUUAGUGUCUACUGUCUAGAAACAGGGUCCAAGGUCUUCCUGGUUCUAAUUUUUGCUGAGUACAAGGAUA